AUGGCGAAGGCUUACCCGGAGUUAUGCGCGUCAACACACGGAUCGGCAAAGAAAACAAAGGAACAAAUGUUACAUGAUGCCUUUUUGGGAGCUAUUGACAAUUCAAUGAGUCAAAAGAUAAAGAGCGACAGUAAACAUCGAGAUUUAAAUUUAGCACAACUUUCUGAAGAACUAGAUCGCCUCGAGCUUGUUCUAAACGACAGGGGAAGCAGACAAAAUAUCGUUGAAAAAGAAGGGUAGCAGCCGCCCUAUCCAAAGAAAUCGAUGGAAGUCAGGAAACGGAGGACGAAACAAAACGUACGGUCGGGUUCGUUGGAAAGAGAAAUUUCCCGCCAAAACCUAGGAGUGGAAAAACCGGUAAAAAUCAAGGGUGUUUACACUGCCAGUCGCCUGAACAUUUUCGGAAAGACUGUCCAUUUAAAGAUCUUUUUCAAUGAUGCUGCAAAAGGGCCAAACAGCUCCAUCUUUUCAUGCUAAAUGCCUCGCCCUUCGCUGUCUUUAAACUCAAAGGCGACAGGGAACAAUCGUCAGCAAAAAUAAAUUCGUUCUCAGCCGCGAAGAAAUUUAUUACACUAACUGGUACGGUAGCUCAGUCUGGAAGCAGAGAGUUUACUUGUGAUUCUGGAGCAGCAGUAUCAGUUAUUCCAAUGGCGUUGGCAAAAGAACUUACAUUAAAUGAAAGUUCAACCAACUACACGUCACGUAGAGAUGGAUAA